UGGUAAAAGCUUUUUUAGCCAUAGACAAUAAUAAUAAAAUACCAAAUUUUGCAGAGACAGUGAAAUUGAUUUAGAGAGAGAGAGAUAAAAGAAGAAAGAAGCCAUGUUUUGAGGAAGGAGACAUGGCAUAAUCUCAAAUAGAUGGAUGGAUCUUUUUUAAUUUUCUCCCUCUCUCUCUCCAUCUUCACACCAAAAUCCAUAAGAUAGAUUCUCUCUAAUUUUUGGGUGUAUUCUUUGUCUCUUGAUGGAUCUACUGUGGUCUGGAGAUUAGCUUAUUGAAACUGUAGUAGUGUCUCAGACAAUGCAAGAGUUUCGUUCAUUGCCUUAUCCUGCAACUUCUUGGGACAACUCUGUCUUCACUAACUCAAAACUCCAAGGAUCUUCUUCCGUGACUGACAACAGCACUUUAAGCUUGACGAUGGAGAUGAUGUCUACCCAUUUCCCACGGAUGAAACAAACUGGUUUUCAGUUACAGGACCAUGAUUCUUCCUCUACUCAGUCCACUGGAGGAGAGUCAUAUAGUGAAGUUGCAAGUUUAAGCGAACCUAAUACUCGUUAUGGCCACAACAUUGCUACCCAUCUCUCAGGUUACAAAGAAAACCCGGAGAAUCGUAUUAGAAGUCAUUCCAAGUCAAUCUUGUCCAAGGUUUCACAACAUUCAGUGGUUCUUCCUAUUGAGGCGGCUUCUUGGCCUUUACACAGCACUGAAACGCCACAUUUUAAUGGUUUCUUGUCUUUUCCGUAUGUAUCACAACACACGGUGCAGCAUCCUCAAAUUGGAGGGUUGGUUCCUUCUAGAAUGCUUUUGCCUCACAACAUUCCAGAGAACGAACCAGUUUACGUCAAUGCUAAACAGUACCAAGCCAUUCUACGUCGUAGACAGCACCGUGCAAAGCUCGAAGCUCAGAACAAGCUCAUCAAAGUCCGCAAACCAUACCUUCACGAGUCGCGCCACCGUCAUGCCUUAAAGAGAGCUAGAGGCUCUGGUGGGCGUUUCCUCAACACAAAGAAGCUUCAAGAAUCAAAACCUCCUCCAUUCUCGGGCUCACCGCAUGUCUGCAAGAACUCUCCGGGGAAGUUCUGGCAACAGGACAUAACCGGGAACAACAACGACAUGUUCCAACAAAACGGGUUCUCAGGUUAUCCAUCAAACCACCAUGUCUCAGUUCUCAUGUGAGACUCUUACUCUGGCAAGUGGUUGAUGAGAAUCAUGACGGGAAGUCAUCCUUGGCUAUAUAUUGAUCCAUAAAAGUUUCUGUUUUUCAAGUUUGCUUUCAUUCUACUGCAAAAGAAGUUGAAAUCUUUCAACAGUUUUCAUUCCUUUUUCUUGUUUUUCAUUUUUCUAGUGUGCUUGUUGCUGAAUUGUUUAUACUUGAUUUAAACUUCGAUUAAGUGUGCAUCCACAUGGAUUUGUGAUUUUAUGUAAUGUAUAAAUUAUUUGGUUUUACAUCUCAA